ACUCAUUUCAUCAGUUAAAGAGCACUUUUCAUGGGGACGGCUACGUUUGUUUUAAUAUCAUCCUAGGAACAUACUGAUAGAACAAGAGUGAAGCAAGCAGCAAAACCUACAUCUGCCUCUUCAGAGAUGGAUGUGGGAAUGUUGGAGAUCCCGGCAGACCUGUCGGCCAGAUUACGCAGUGCAGCAGGACGUCCUCAAGGGUCAGGAGUAACAGAAGUAGCUCUGCCACAGGUCAAAGCAGACCACAACCUCUCAUUGCCCCAAGACAUUGACAGACACCCUUUCUCCCAAUAUGCCAAAACAGUCCUGAAGGAUGGAUGGUGCCACCCGCAGGGUUUUCCGCUUCAGAAGCCUCUGACGUCUCUGGAUCCUGAUGAUGCCCGCACAGCUCUAGAAAUCUACAAACUGAUCCUGCGUUUCACAGGUGACUCUGAUCUGACAGGAUGGCAAGAACAGAUCUUAGGGAACUAUAUUGUGGAGAAGAGCCAAUUACGGCCCAGCAUCAGAGAUGAGAUUCUAGCACAACUGGUGUACCGCACUUGGGACGGGGAUAAUGAAGAGAGUGCCCUGCGGGGCUGGUUGCUCCUGGCCUGCUGUCUGAGUGCCUUCACACCCUCUCCUGCUUUGGAGAAACCCCUGCUCAAGUAUGUGUCUGACCGAGGUCCAGGGGAGUAUCGCUCUCUGUGCCAGCACAAGCUCCUCACAUCCCUCCAGCUCCCCUCCCCUGCCUGCAGACGACACCCUCCGAAUCAACUCGAGUGGACAGCCAAUCAGAGAAAAGGAAAGAUGGUGGUGGAGGUUAACACUUUCAAUGAGGAAAGGUUAACUGUGGAGGUGGAGUCUUGGACCACAGGAGAACAAUUGACCUCUUGGCUUCUUAGCUACAGGGGUCUGAAAGAAGCUACACGGGGCUGGUCUGUGUCUCUGCUGGCUGGGGAGGGCUGGACCGACCUGGCUGGCUGUGAUUUUGUAAUGGAUCUCUUGGCUGGAGUUGAGGCUGAUGUGCCUCUGGGUCACCCACCCACUCAAACCGAUUACCUCUUUAGCAACACAGGCAACAGUAUGGUAACCACCGACCUGGAUGACUUUAUACCACCUGCUCCCUCUAUGCAAGCCCCUGGUUUCCCCUCCUCUGAAGCAUCCCCAUGGGACACCUAUGAACCCUCUUCCACAUCCCAGGGAACUCGAGGUCGACAGAUGGAUGCUUAUGUUGAUGACCUCUUUGAUUCUGUGUUUGAUCAGGGUCCUCCGGACUUUGAACGAAUGGCCAUGCUGAAUCGUAGAAUGAGAGGAGGUGGCGGUAUGAUGCCCAGCAUGUACACCGGAGCAGGAAUGCCAAUGAAUCCUGCCAUGGCUGGCUAUGCUUCCACACCAAUGAUGCCAAACAUGAUGCCUACUAUGCCCAUGAUGCAACCCAUGCAACCUAUGAUGAUGCCAACUGCGAUGCCACAAGCCAUGCCUGCUGCAACUCCGGCUGUCAACUCACAGCAAAUGGCUGCUCAGCAGCAGGCCUUUAUCAAUCAACAGGCUCUGCUUCUGGCUCAGCAGAUGACAAUGCAGGCGAUGACACUGUCCCAGAAGCAGCAGCAGGAAGAAAUGCGAAAACGCGAGAAAGAGUCAAAGAGACAGUCACCACGUCAGCGGCGGCGCUCUCCUCCACGUGCACAGCCUGAGGCAGAGGUGGAUCUCAGGGCCCCAGAAGAUCAAGGGUCCUUUCAGGAGAAGAGGACUUUUUUUCAAAAGAUGGAAGCACGCCCAAAGUCUGCGCCAAAGGUUGCUAAGCCACUGAUAUAUGCUUCUCCGCCGGAGGUGACCCAACCCAAAUCACCUCCACCAGUACAGACUGAAGUGAAACCACUCCCAGAACCUCCUAACAUCCGAACACCUAAACCAGAAUCUCCAGAACCCACAUCUCCUAAACCAGAACCUACUAGUAACAUUAGAGAGAUCAUUAAGCGGUACCAGAGCCGGCCCUCUCCAGAACCUAAAGCCUUCGAGCCUGUCAGGGUUCCGGCCAAGCACUUUGUAAAGAAAAAUGACCCCAAAGAAGAGGCACUGGCCAUUCUCAAAGCUCAGGGACCUGUCUCUAACCAGAAGAAACAGUGGGAACAGAAGCCUCCUUCACCCCCUCAGCCGCCUGAGUCCCGUGGCCCUCGUGAAAUCUCUAACGAUAUGAGGCAGAAGCAGCGUUCACUAGCUGAUCUCUUCGGCUCGCAGCGUUCACAUGCUUUGCCUCGAGCUCGUGAGCCUAUCCCUCCUUCACCUCCCAACAUCCCCGACCCACCACCAAUGCUUCCUAAUCAGUUCAACAAGAUGGUUGAGGAGGAGAGUGUUCGCUCUCAAUUGCACAGAUUCUCUGCCAGCGUUUACUUUUCGUCCCCCAGUAUGCCUGGCAAACUCUUCCUGCGCAAGGAGCUGUUUUAUCCCAGGGAAAAAUUCAACCACCCAUACAUUCUUAAUUUACUCUGUGAGCAGAUCAUGCGAGACACUUACUCGGAUUCUUGUCUGAGGAUUUCACGUGAGGAAAGGCGUAAAAUGAAAGAUCUUUUGGCAAGCUUCCAUAUCGGAACCAGUAUCAAUUCACUAGAUGACACCCUGAAGAAAAGAAUUGUCAUGGCAGCAAGAGACAACUGGUCCAAUUACUUUGCACGUCUCUUUAAUGUGAAGGUGGGGAAUGGAGGAGAUGCUCAGAUUCUGGGAGUGUCACAUAGAGGAAUCAGACUGCUGAAAGUGGCCAGAGCUUCAGGCAUAAACCCUAAACAUCUCAGACUACUCCACAGCUACAGUUUUUCACAGGUGUUGUCAGUACAGCAACAAGGGGCUGAUAAAGUCGGGAUCUCUUUGAGUAAUGAGGAGUUAGAACUUCACUCUCAACAGGCACCACAGAUCGCUGCUGUGAUUCAUCUCUUCCUCAUGGAGCUGAUUACGGUGCCUUUUUCACAGGUGUUGUCAGUACAGCAACAAGGGGCUGAUAAAGUCGGGAUCUCUUUGAGUAAUGAGGAGUUAGAACUUCACUCUCAACAGGCACCACAGAUCGCUGCUGUGAUUCAUCUCUUCCUCAUGGAGCUGAUUACGAACUCAGACUAUGUGAUUGCUGUGAAAAGCUAUGUGACCGAUGACAGGAGCUUGCUGAGCUUUCACAGAGGCGAUGUCAUCAAAAUUCUCAACAUGGACGGCCUCAAGGACGGAUGGAUGUUUGGUUCUAGUGGGGGCCGUUCUGGACUCUUCCCAGUGGAUGUCACUCAGCCUUGUGCCCCACCAGACUACCACAGCAGCAACAUGGAGAGGCAGCUUGAACGGAAAAAGAGUAUGAGACUCACUGGCUCUUCCCCCAAUGUACCAGCCAAUGGCCCCGUCACCUACACGCCUGUCAAUGGCCCUGUGACCAACAUACCUGCUUAUAGCUUUGUCUCCAACACCUCUGUUGCCCGCUCAGUGGCUAGCAGUGUAUACAGUACUGACGUGGGGUCCAUCCAGAGAUCUGAAUCAGAUCAUCAGCAGUAUAUCAUGACUGAGUUUGCCAGGAAGUUCUUCACAGAUGCUAUCAGCAGACAAAACAAAGACAAAAGUCUUAAUGAGAUGGUGGAAUACACUCCAAAUCCUAUUCAGGAACCACUGAUCCUUUUCUCAGACAAUGAUCUCAAUCGUCUUGGUGCUCAAAACUUCAUGGUUUUGAUGCAGUUUAUGAUGGAUCAGCCUAUGAAGAAAAAUCAGACAGAGAGUGACUGUGUUAACUCCAUUUUGCAGUUGGGAAAAGAGAAGGAGUUCCUCAGAGAUGAGAUCUACUGUCAGGUCAUCAAGCAGACCACAAAAAACCCAGUGAAGGAGAACUGUACCCGUGGCUGGCGUUUGUUCAAUCUGGUGACUGGAUUCUUCCCCUGUUCCAACACUCUCCUGCCAUAUUGCACCCGCCACCUGGAGGCCAUCACUCAGGGUGCCAACCACCCGUUUCAAGAACUGGCAAGUGUGUGCUUGAAGAAUCUCAGACGAUCACUCAGUUUCGGAGGACGCAGACACAUCCCUUCACAUUCAGAGAUGGAGGCCAUUUUGGCUGGGAGGAGCUCCCGUCGGCUGCCCAUAAAGCUGCCUGGUGGAAACGAAUUUGCCUGCAAGAUUCGCAGCUUUAGUGUCGCAUUUGAGGUGGUACAAGACUUUUGCACUGAGAUGGGCGUCUUAAAUCCAGCAGAAGUGAAGGAAUUCUCCAUCCAUGCCACUAAGAAGGGGGGUGAUGUGACACGACCAAUUCACUCCGAUGAGUAUCUUUUUGACUUCCUGCUGGAUGAUGGCUCCAUCUCCCUCUCCUUUCAUCGAAUAAUCUGGAAACAGCCCUUGCAGUUCAGCAAUGAUCUUUAUCUGGAGUUCCACUACCAGCUGCUUGUGGCUAACUAUCUGGGAGGGAGGCUGUUGCUGCCCACGAACAGUGCUACAAUCUACCAGCAGGUUGCAGAGUUGACCGCUCUUCAACACCUUGCACUUGGGCUGACUGAUCUACCCUCCAAUGCUGAGGUAAAGCAGUACCUUCCCCGGAUGGAUCAGCUCAACUCCAAUGACGAAAGACUUCUUGCUACUAUACGGGCACAGUUUUCUACCUUAGGCCCCCUCAGCCUUCUUAAUGCCAAAGCUCGCUUAAUCAAAAGUGUCAGUGUGCUGCCUUUCUUUGGAUUCGAUGUAUUCACUGCUCAGAAAGUAAGUCAUGGCAGCUGCCCCUCUCCCUCUCUGGUCGCAGUCAACCAUGAAGUUAUCAAAAUCCUUGAUCCCAAAUCACAGAACGCAUUUUUGACAAUGUCUAUGGAUGAUGUGCAGUCCUUGCGCUCAAUCCGUCCCAAAAAAGACAAACUGCCAUCAGUUGAGAUCAGCUUUAGUGGCCGAACUCAGCCCAGGACUGUCAGCUUCAGUCUAAAGCAGGCGAAAGAGCUGUGCCACACCAUUGCUGUGAUUAUGGAAGAAGUGGUGAAACCCUCCUACAGCAAUUUGUCCAGUCGGUCCGGAACUCCACAUUAAACAACCAACAUAUGCAAACUUCCCCUAAUAUCCCAUGACUUACUCUAAAGUUCAAAUAUGUCUCCAGCCAUAAAAUAUUGCAGUCGUUUUAUUUAAAAAAGAUGUACAAAUGUUUAUGUAAGAUCAAGGUUAAUGCUUACAAAAUGUUUAAUUCAAUAUAGACAGGGGUUUUCAGGGCUGUAAAGAUACUGC